UUGUCCAUACAACUGGAUAGACUUGAAAUUGCGCAAGAAAUUGCUGUAGAAGCACAGAGCGAGUCAAAAUGGAAGCAAUUAGGAGAGUUAGCUAUGUCUUCCGGGAAGCUACAAAUGGCAGUGGAAUGCAUGAAGUAUGCUAUGGAUAUAAGUGGUUUGUUGCUACUUUAUUCUUCUAUUGGAGAUGCUGAAGGUGUGUCCAAACUUGCAACACGUGCUAAAGAACAAGGGAAGAACAAUGUCGCCUAUCUUUGCCUAUUCAUGCUGGGUAGAUUGGAAGAUUGUUUGGACUUAUUGGUAGAGAGAAUCCGGAUACCUGAAGCUGCUCUGAUGGCUAGAUCAUAUCUUCCAAGCAAAGUAUCUGAGAUAGUAGCUCUUUGGAGGAAAGAUCUCAACAAGCAAAAUCUUUGGCUGAUCCCGAGGAGUACUGAAAUCUUUUUGAAGAUUGGCAAGCUGCUCUUUCCGUCGAAGAAAAAGCUUCAGAGACAAGGUAAUCAAGCAGAGUAUCAUUACUACCUAAUCUUCAAUGACCCUACUGCACCUGAUUCAACUGCUGUGGCCGAGUCAAAAUUGACUCCUGCUGAAGUGAGGACGGUGAAGUUGAUAUAUAGUAAAAAGGUUGUUGUCAAAGAUUCUGCUGCUGGAUACAAGACUGAAAACAUUAAUGAUGAGGAUGUUAGUAAUGAACAUGCAAAGCAAUCUGAUGAUCAUGUUAAUCAUCUUGAGAAAGAACCUGGAGGUGAUCUGAUUGAGAGCAAAGAAAAAGAAUACGAUAAUAAUAAGUGGCUCUUUGAGUUCAUUCCAUUGCUAGUAGAGAGGCUUAUGGUUCUUCCUUCUCAUUCGGUGUGGUUUCUCAAGAUGGUUCAACUCGUUCUAAAUCUCUCUUCAUCUUUGGCUUCUCAAACAGUAACAAACCUUCCCUUUUCGGCACAUAUGGAUCUUCCAUUACCAACAAGAGUGAAGGUAGUGGGUUUCCUCCAAGGCAGGAGGUUUCCACAGAGACGAGAGAAGAUAACGAGAAACUUACCUUCUCAGCUGACUCGAUUAUGUUUGAAUAUCUUGAUUGAGGAUGGAGAGAGCGUGGUAAAGGAGAAGUCAAAGUCUCCAGUACCUUAA